AUGUCUCGACCUCUGAUCAAGGUAGGCAGGUAUUCUGAGCGAGAUGCUCAACCCAUUGUGCCGGCCAAUACCCCGUCUGCUGCGCCCGUCGGCUUUAAGAGCAAGGUCGUCAGCCGCCGCCACUGUGAGUUCUGGUUCGAGAAUGGAAAGUGGUAUAUCAAGGACGUGAAGAGCUCGUCUGGUACCUUUCUAAAUCACAUUCGAUUGAGUCCUCCCGGCACAGAAUCUCGGCCGUACGCUGUAAAUGAUGGCGAUAUUAUCCAACUUGGAAUCGACUUCAAGGGAGGCGAGGAAAUGAUUUUCCGAUGUGUCAAGAUGCGAUUGGAACUCAAUAGGGGCUGGCAGAGUAAACUCAACACCUUCAACCUCUUUGUUGCGCCAUGCUCCCACACUUGGCACUAUAAGUGUAUCCGCUCCCUGCUGACUUCACCACAAUACCCCAUCUUUGUGUGUCCAAACUGCCGUGCCGCGGCCGACCUGGAGGCGGAGGUGGAUGAACCGGGUGAGGAAUGGCAACAACUCACUGGAGAGGAAUCUGCGAAUGACGAGUCUAGCAAUGAGCCGCCUGCUGUCCCCAUGGAUACUACUGUUGAUGCGAUCUCCCAGGCUUCAGAGACCAAUGGCGUGGACGUGGCAGACAUGACCAUGCAGGUCGACAUGACGACACCUCCCCGAUCGAUACCCUCUCUCGCCUCCGAGAGGUCACAGCCCGCUUCCGACCCCGUCCCCAUUCCUCCUCAACUUCGAAGCCAGGCGCCGGGGUCCUCGAUGUGA